AUGGAAGCCUUAGCUCUUAGGUACAAUGAAAUUGAAGGCCUGGUACCAAACUGGAUUUGGAAUAAUAGCCAAGAAACAUUACAAAUGAUUGACCUGGCAAACAACUUCAUCACUGGCUUUGAUCAGCAUCCCCAGUUACUCCCAUGGGUUUGUUUGGAAUUCUUUGACAUGUCAUAUAAUAAGCUACAAGGGAGGCUUCCAAUGUCUCCACACACCAUAGUUGCUUAUGAUGUCUCAAACAAUUAUUUGAAUGGAGAAAUACCACCAUGGAUAUGUGAACUAAAAUUCCUUCAAUUCCUAGAUUUGUCUUCUAACAAGAUGACCGGAACCCUUCCUUCUUGUUUUGGCAACUUGUACAAUUCGCUGUCGGUUUUAGAUCUGAAACAAAAUAGUUUUCAUGGGCCAAUGAUGAAUACAUGUACGCAAGGAAGCCCUUUGAAGAAGAUUGAUUUGAGUGAAAAUCAAUUUAGUGGUCAGGUGUCAAAAUCUUUGGCUGAUUGUAUCAAAUUAGAGUUUCUCUCUCUUGCAGCCAAUUCUUUUGAAGAUGUUUUUCCGCUUUGGUUGGGAACUCUUCCCGACCUACAAGUGCUCAUUUUGAGGUCCAAUAAAUUUUAUGGUGCAAUUCAAGGUCUCUCAAGUAUUAGCCCGCUGUUUCUCAAGCUACGGAUCAUAGACAUUUCCAAUAACGGCUUUAGUGGUCAAUUGCCUCACAAGUCAUUCCAAACUUGGAAUGCAAUGAAAUCUGUUUACCAGGGCAGAUCAGCUGCUAUGGGAUCCGUCAUUCCCUUCACUUCAUUUGGGACUUUUCCGUUUACAUACUCGAUGACGUUAACAACCAAAGGUGUCAAGUUAGAGUACAAGAAAAUUCUGAACAUCUUCGUAGCCAUCGAUCUCUCAUGUAACAACUUUGAAGGGCAAAUCCCACAAUCACUCCAAGAUCUUCAAGGACUCGAAUCUCUUAAUCUUUCCAACAACCAUUUUACCGGUCAUAUCUUGCCGUCUUUGGGAAACCUAAAAUACCUUGAAUCUUUGGAUCUUUUCCAAAAUGAGCUAUCAGGAAAAAUCCCUCAACAAUUGUUGCAACUUGGUUUCCUUUCUAUUCUGAAUGUGUCCUUCAACCACCUUGAUGGGCACAUACCACAAGGGAAACAAUUCAACACAUUCGAGAGCAAUUCCUACUUGGGUAAUCCCGGAUUGUGUGGAAAACCAAUGUCUAAGGAAUGUGGAAAGUUCAAGGUAUUACUUCCCCCGACAAGUAGCAAUGAGUAUAAGUCUCUCAUGCCUAGUGACAUAAUUGAUUGGAUGGUGAUACUAUUGGAAGUGGUUUGA